CAGAGAUCAAUGUCAUUAUUGAGGCAAUAGCUCACUGUUGUUUUCGUGCUGAAUUAGCCGUAGAUGCUAGCUGUUGUUUAUAUGUUAGAGCGAAGGAAAAAUAAUAUUUGUAUUAUUGUACCGCCGUUCCGCUGGCUAGUUGGUUGGGUUCAGCCAACAUUCUGUCAGAGGGGUGUGCAGUCCGUCGUUCAUUCCUCUGUAAACAGACAGGAUACGAGACAGCUUGUAGCAGCAUCAGAAGGUGUAUGUGCAUAUUUCAUUGUUCUGGUUGGAGUACGCCUGGCAGUAACAUAUUAUUGCGUAUUUGUGCUUCUUACUGCUGGCGCUUUGAUAUCGUGUGUCUUGCGACAUUUUCCUUUGAUGUGCUUGACUUUCCGUCGUAGGAGAGUUAGGCGAUGACAACGAUGGACCCCCUAGGAACAGCUCGAACCUGGGAAUUGUCCCUGUAUGAGAUGCACCGCACUCCACAAGAGGUCUGCACUGACAAUACGGAAAUUGCGGUUUCUCAACGUUCCCUUCACUCGGAAUUAAUGUGCCCCAUUUGCCUAGAUAUACUCAAGACAACCAUGACCACCAAAGAAUGCCUACACAGAUUUUGUCAAGAGUGCAUUAUUACAGCUCUUCGAUCUGGCAACAAAGAAUGCCCGACCUGUCGUAAGAAGCUCGUCUCCAAACGUAGUCUUCGGGCCGAUCCAAACUUUGAUGCACUCAUUGCCAAGAUUUACCCAUCUCGUGACGAGUACGACCAUUAUCAGGAGCGGGUGUUGGCUAAGUUGAACAAGACGUGUGGACAAGCUUUCGCUUCAUCGAUCGAAGAGGGCCUCAAAGCACAGGCCCUCAGCCGAAAACUGGCCAACCGGAAGCAGCGACCAGCGGGUGAUCGUGCCACGGCUGAAGAGGAGCCCACCCCAGCAAGUGGUCAUUCAGCGACAGUAGGGGCUCCCCAUAGCGCUCCUAGUCCACAACAGACCGGGACCGGCGGUCACAAUGACGGAUCGGUUAGCGACGGCGGAAGCAGCCGCAGUUCUACUCCGCAGCCUCCUCAACGCAAACGAGGCCGGGCGGUGGCUUGUCCCGAAGACACGGAUGAAUCAUCCACCGACAACGUUGUUACAGUAAACGAAAUUGAGCUGGUCGUUAAACCUCAUCCCAGCGAGCCCUCCCAAGACAGCCAGAUCCGAUACAUGAAGACGACAGGUAACGCCACGGCCGAGCACUUAGCCGCUUACUGCACAACUCGCUACGAGCUCGACACGUCAGGUUCCGAUGGUAGUAAUAGCCACAGCAACCACAGCGGAGGCGGGGGUGCCGGUGGAAACAAAAGUCAGCAGUCUGGUGGUGGUUCAUUGGGAUCGGCCGCUGGCGGCGUUAACGACGCAGGUGCAGGCACCGGAGGCGCAAAUGACUCGAAAGUCGUUUAUACUCUGUACGUGAGCACAGGUACGGCGUCGUUCCUUGCUCUGCCGACCCACGUCACUCUCGACCAAAUCAAUGAACGCUAUUGGAAACAGAAUCGGCCUCUUGAACUUUAUUACGUGGCAAGAAAACUUAAAGAUGACGGUGGAAAAUAAUGAGCACGUGAAUGAAGACGGAGCACUAGCAAAAAGAAAAGCGACAACACCGGACGAUAACCAGAGUACAUAAAUAUACACAUGCAUAUGGAUGAUGUGCACGGAUAGAUAAUUGAUUGAUGAUCUGCAAAAGUAAAUCGCAGAAUGAAGAUAGUAUGUUUUCGACUUAUGAAUGCGAUUUCAUGAAACUAAUGAUGAGAUGAACUCAUUUAUGGAAGAUAGAUCGUGUGAAAAGUAAGAUGCGACAGACAUUAUCGUGGCCGAACAGUGAUUAUCCAGCCGCUACAUUGACCUUCAAAUGAACAUAUUUGGCAGUCGAGGAACAAAUGUUAUAUUACAAUGCCCUUGUUAUUUUCCAUUUAUAUAAACAAACGUUUCAUCACAUGUGCUCAUAAUUAGAUAGAUCAAAAGUUCUAAUUAAAUAUGUUGGUUGAGGUACAUCAUUGACAGCCGAAGUUGACAAAUCGAAUUGUCGAUCAAUUGUGUAUUGAUUCUGUUGAUAAAAAAAUCUAUUUAUACAUUUUCGGCCAUUGAAAUGCCGAUUCUGUUUUUUUAAUCCAAAAAAGAAACGAAAACAGCCCCGGCGGUUAGCAGUACAUAAUGUCCUAACAGUGACUCCUGUAUUCGUUUAAUGCUAGAUAUGCUAUAAUAUAUUGUAAAUAUGUACUUCACAAUAGGUGCUGAUAUGCGACGACUUGCUCUUUCUAUGGACUGAAGUACCAUCUCUGUGGUGCACCAAGAAAAUGCUUAUACGUAUGCGGAAUGAAAAAAGUAAUAAAAAAAAACGCUAUACUUGUAUGGGUUUCGUUGA